CUGUGGCUCCACCCCUGCAGAACGUCCUCCAUGGUUGCCCUGGAAACGCAUUCUGCAGGAACUGGCAGACACCAAUGAGAAGGGAACGAAUGCCACGAACGAGCCAAUCAGCAGGGAGCAGCGCGGGGUUUAAACCUGAGCUGGGCUAACUCCUCCCGGCGUGGUGCGGAGGAACGGCUGUUGAUUUCUGGUGGGGUGCGCGAGGAGGCUCUCCUGGGGCUCCGGUAUUCUGCUGCUGCCCGGUGAAGAGGAAGCCAUGGCGGUCCGUGUCACCAGGAACACGAAAAUUAACACUGAAAAUAAGGCCACAAUCAGUAUGGCAGGCGCAAAACGUGUGCCCGUGACCUCUGCUGCAGCCUCCAAGCCAGGUCUAAGGCCAAGAACAGCUCUCGGAGACAUCGGUAAUAACAAAGUCAGUGAGCAGCUGCAAACCAGAGUGCCUCUGAAAAAGGAAGCAAAAACUUCAGCGACUGGAAAAAUUACUGCUAAAAAACUACAGAAACCUCUGGAAAAGGUGCCUGUACGUGUGCCAGAGCCUGAACCUGAGCCUGUGAAGGAAGAAAAACUUUCUCCUAAACCUAUUUUGGUUGAUACUCCCUCUCCAAGCCCGAUGGAGACAUCUGGAUGUGCCCCUGCAGAAGAAUAUCUGUGUCAGGCAUUCUCUGAUGUCAUUCUUGCAGUGAAUGAUGUGGAUGCAGAAGAUGGAGCAGAUCCAAACCUUUGUAGUGAAUAUGUGAAAGAUAUCUAUGCUUAUCUCAGACAACUUGAGGAAGAGCAGUCAGUCAGACCAAAAUACUUACUGGGUCGUGAAGUCACUGGAAACAUGAGAGCCAUCCUAAUUGACUGGCUAGUACAGGUUCAGAUGAUGUUCAAGUUGCUGCAGGAGACCAUGUACAUGACUGUUUCCAUUAUUGAUCGUUUCAUGCAGAAUAAUUGUGUGCCCAAGAAGAUGCUGCAGCUGGUUGGAGUCACUGCCAUGUUCAUUGCAAGCAAAUAUGAAGAAAUGUACCCUCCAGAAAUUGGUGACUUUGCUUAUGUGACUAACAAUACUUACAGUAAGCACCAGAUCAGACAAAUGGAAAUGAAGAUUCUAAGAGUUUUAAACUUUGGCCUGGGCCGCCCACUCCCGCUGCACUUUCUUCGUAGAGCAUCUAAGAUUGGAGAGGUUGAUGUUGAGCAACAUACUUUGGCCAAAUACCUGAUGGAACUAUCUAUGUUGGACUAUGAUAUGGUGCACUUUCCUCCUUCUCAAAUUGCAGCAGGAGCGUUUUGCUUAGCCCUGAAAAUUCUUGAUAACGGUGAAUGGACCGCAACUCUGCAGCAUUACCUGUCAUACACUGAAGACUCCCUUCUUUCCGUAAUGCAGCAUCUGGCUAAGAAUAUAGUCAUGGUGAACCGUGGGCUUACGAAGCACAUGACUAUCAAGAACAAGUAUGCCGCAUCAAAGCAUGCUAAGAUCAGCACUCUAGCACAGCUCAAUUGCACAUUAGUUGAAGAUUUGGCCAAGUCUGUGGCAAAGGUGUAACUUGCAAGCUUGAGUACUCUAUCUGCAAAUAAAAUUGGCACCAUGUGCCAUCUGUACAUACUAUACUGCAUUUACAUACUUUUUAAAUAAAGAUGUGGCCCUUUUUACUUUGCUUACCUUAACUGGUUUGAAGGUGGUUAGUUCCUAUUCUAGGGCAACCUAAACACUGACUUUAAAGGAUGAUGGGAAUAUGCUUACAAACUGCGUUUAGUUUACCAAGGGAUCCAACCAAUGUAUAUAAUUAUUGCCUGUAUGUUUGUAUUCUUGGUCCUUCUUUUAUGUUCCUGGAUUUUAAUGUAAGCCAGUGAAGAUGAUACCUCAAGCUCUUCCUUCUACUCAGCCUACUGCUUGUAAGCUGCCACAUCACCUGGGAGAAUCUCCUGCCUCUAUCUAGUUGGAUCUGAAAGUCUGCCACUUCGUCCUUAGUCUUCCCUCCAUUCUUCUGUUUCUUCUGGUGGCUGCUAUACUAAUUCUAAAUAAAUUAGAUCAACCAUUUCUCCAG